CGCAAUUACCGUUAUUCAGCACUUGUGCGCAUGUCGAAUUUUCGUGUAUGUUUAUAAACGAAUCUGUCGUCAUGGAUACUAGUUAUAAACAAUAAUAAUAAAUAUUGUAUAACUCAGAAAUUUUUAAAUUAAUAAAAAAUUGUAAAUCUCAUCAAUGGAUUGGAAAAAUGAUCAUGAAACAAAUUCAAAAAAGAAUUAUUUACAGCAAUUUAUCCCAAGACUUGGUAGAAGAGCUGGACAAAAUUUAGCUCAAGAAGAAUCUAAAUUUGAUGAUGACAUUGAUAGCCCUGUACUGGCUAUUCCUUCUGCUACAUCUAUAAGAACAGCACCUGUAGCACCUCCACGCACACGUAAAACUGGAUGGGGUGAUGAGUUAAAAACAAAUAAUAAAAAACCAGUUAACAUAGUUGAACAGGAAAAAUUACAAGAAGAUAAAAAUGAAAUUGAUGAUAUUCCUGUUAUACCGGAUAUCGAAGAAAUUCAAGAAGAAAAUAAUUCCCACGUGUCAAAUGCUCCUUCCACUGGAAUUAAUCGAGUUGCUGCAUACAAAGAAUUGGACACAGAUCUUUUAAAAAACGCAUCAUUUGCAUUUUUAGACAACGUAAAUUUAUCAAUUCUCACUGAAAAAUUAUAUUCUGAAAAAUUAAUUAAAGAAACUGAUGAUGUUUGGAAUUGGGAUUAUUUAUUUGCUCAAGUAUCUUCAGAAUUAAAUAAUGAAGAACAAAAAAUAAUAAAAGAAACAAUUUAAUUAACUAAAAUAAAUAAAUAAAAAAUCCG